UACGAAGGACAUGAUCAUGAUCAUUACGGCCAGUACUUGGACAAGUAUUAUUCAUGUGAUGAUCAUCAAGAUCAAGAUCAAGAUCAAGAUCAUGAUCAAGAAGAAGAUCAAGAUCGUGAUCACGAUCAGAAGAUGAAGCCAAAAACGGGACGUGGAAGCAUACAGCAAAAGCUGAUCGAGAACCAGACGAACCGACAAGUUACCUACUCCAAACGACGAAAAGGGAUCCACAAGAAAGCUGAGGAGCUCGCUGUUCUCUGCGAUGCCAAGGUCUCCCUCAUCAUGAUCUCUCAUAAUCAUACCAGAAUGGACGAGUAUGCCAGCCGGGAUACCACGACUAAGGAGAUGAUUGACCUGUAUCAGAGUACCAAAGGGAUUGAUUUGUGGGAGGCCCACUACGAGAAAAUGAAACAAAAGCUACAGGAACAUAAAGAGAAGAACUACAACUUGAGAAGAGAGAUCAGGCAAAGGAUGGGUUAUGAUCUAAGUGGUCUGAGCUACCAGGAGCUAUGCCAGCUUGAACACAGUAUGUCUUCUGCUGUGGAAACUAUACGUUUAAAAAAGGAACACAAGAUCACAACCCAGACUAACACUACCAAGAAAAGGGUGAAGAGCUUGAAGGACAUAAACCUAAGUCUCGUGCAUGAUUUUCAAGCGAUGCGUACAUGUGAGGAUCCGUCAUAUGGGCUGGUGGAGGACAAAGUCGAAGAAGAGUGUGAAUCUAUGGCGGAAUUGGCAAAUGGGGCCUCUAACCUGUACACUUUCCGCCACGAGAAUCGUCUGUUGGGGGUGGAGCAGGAUAACAUAGCUUAUCACCAGAGUAAAGAACAAGCUGGAAGAGUUUCAAUUUCUGGGGGACCAUCUGUUUCUAGCGGGCCACAGCGGAGUGGUAGAAGGAACCGCAACCAGGGACAGCCUAGUGGAGGAGUGGUUAGCGGUGGCAGUAGUUCGUCAGGAAGUGACAGAAGUGCUUCAUACGGGCCCAGUCAAGAAGGGUCACCACAGUACAUGCCACCAUAUCAGCCACAACAGAUGCCAUACCCUUCUGUGUCGACUUAUCAACCACCUCCGUAUACACAAUUCCGGCCUCAAGCGCCGAGACCGGUGCAACCACCUCCACCACAACAAUAUAGGCCUCCGACCCAACGGCCUAAUGUGGGUGACAGAAGGAAAGGGAAAGUACAGGGACAAGCUUAUGCCCUGGCAGGAGGCAGUUCGGAAGGUCAGACCAGCAACGCGGUGGUUGAGGAAUACGGAGCAAUUGUUGAUUGUUACCGUAGGAGAGUGACUCUGAUGACUAAGUCUGGAACAGUGAUUUCUUAUCAGGCGGAUAUGAACCCAGUCCUGGAGGAACGACUGUUGAAGUACAGCGUUGGAGGACGGAGGAACUUGGCAUGUUUUUCUUCUCUUCUUGCUCUAGAAGGUGAACCCGAGAUAACUGGAGAUAGUGCGGGAAUCCCUGUAGUGGAUGAGUUUACAGAUAUAUUUCAUGAUGAGUUACCUGGUUUACCGCCAGAUCGGGAGAUUGAAUUCUGUAUUGAUUUGGUUCCGGGAACGGCACCUAUUUCCAUUCCUCCUUGA